GGGCCGUGGGCAGUGGGGUCGUCCUGGGCAGUCAUCCCGGGCAGAGCACUUUCCCCCUCCUGCGCUUGGCCGGAGCUCGGGGCGCCGGCCGGGGAGGGGCUUUGGCCCCGAGCGCGGGCCGCCUGCCCUCCCCUCGUACGCGGCGUCUGGGCGGCGCGCGGGUCGGGCCGGCCCGGCCCCUCCCUGCCCUCCUGGGCUGCAGCGAGGGGUCCGGGGAAUCGCCCCGCGGGGCCUCUCGCCUCUUGCUGUCCGAGUCGGAGUCCGUUCCCUUCUCCUCCCGGCUUCCCGGAACCUGCCCGGCCGGGCGAGGGCAGGGGAGGCAACUUGGGUCUCCGCGAGGGAGCCCCAGCGCAGACGCUGCAGCUCCCAGGCCUGGCGGCCCGCUGUGGACCGCGGUUGAGCCCCAGCCAUGGCUGCCAUCCGAAAGAAGCUGGUGAUUGUGGGGGAUGGGGCCUGUGGGAAGACCUGCCUCCUCAUCGUCUUCAGCAAGGAUCAGUUCCCGGAGGUGUACGUCCCUACUGUCUUUGAGAACUACAUCGCAGACAUAGAGGUGGAUGGCAAGCAGGUGGAGCUGGCUCUGUGGGACACAGCAGGGCAGGAAGACUAUGACCGCCUGCGGCCUCUCUCCUACCCAGACACUGACGUCAUCCUCAUGUGCUUCUCCAUCGACAGCCCCGACAGUCUGGAAAACAUUCCUGAGAAGUGGACCCCAGAGGUGAAGCACUUCUGCCCCAACGUGCCCAUCAUCCUGGUGGGGAAUAAGAAGGACCUGAGGCAAGAUGAGCACACCCGGAGAGAGCUGGCCAAGAUGAAGCAGGAGCCCGUCCGAUCUGAGGAAGGCCGGGACAUGGCAAACCGGAUCAGUGCCUUUGGCUACCUUGAGUGCUCAGCCAAGACCAAGGAGGGGGUGCGGGAGGUAUUUGAGAUGGCUACUCGGGCUGGCCUCCAGGUCCGCAAGAAUAAGCGCCGGAGGGGCUGCCCCAUUCUCUGAGAUGCCCAAGGCCUUCCCUCCUCCCCACUUCCCUUCACAAGGGUGCAGAAGCUCCCCUUGUCCCCAGCAGCCCCCACCCUAUUAGGGAUCCCUGCUGAAGGCUCCCUUUCCCAAUUCCCUCCUGCCCAGGACUGCAUCAAGUUUCCCCAGCCCUGAUGGUGGUGGCUGCAGGCCCUCCCUCUCAGCACUCUGGGAACCCAGGGCUAUGUCCUGCCUCCCAGAGCACAGUCCCUCCCCCUGUUGCCUUGGUCCAGGGGUGGGGCUCUUGAUCCCUUUGGCCUUCCCCAGAGGAUCAUCACACCAGCACUUUAUACACUUCUGGCUCAGAGUAUCUGGGGUAGGGGACUUGGAGGGUGUAACCCAGAGUCCCGCGCCCCUGGUGUUUCUGCUUUGGGCAGGGGCCUCCUCUCUGGCUGUACUUGGUGUGGGGCAUAAAUAAAGGUCACAGGCUCCAA